AUGUCAUCAGUUUUCAAGCAUGCCCGAAGCCUUUCGGGAGUAUCGCGGCUAAGAGCAUACCUGCCCAAUAGAGCUCUAUCGAAUACAUAUCAUUGUGGCGUCAACUUGUCCCUACAAUAUUUGCGCAACGACUUCCUCAGCCCGAGUCCAGGCAGUUUCCGUUCGCUCCAGUCCACAGCGUUCCUUAAUGUGCUCGAGCCAAUUUCAAUUGAUCCUCCAUCCUCGGAAAACAAUCAAAUCGAAGAAAAGCUAUCCAAUUCGCUACUGCACGCGCAAUGCUCAACGAGGUCACAAAUUUUGGGGGAUCGCUCAAUUGAAAGGGAAGAGGUUGCCGAUAAAGCCACCACCAUCAGAGUGAAACCGAAGCCUACCGAAUAUCUUUCAAAAGCUUUGCGAAACAGUGGUCAUGCCCUUGGGUAUAUUGGUCCAUCAGCGGGGCUUCAGCGGGCUGGCUCCAGAUAUGCAGCUCAGACGCACAGCGAGUUGAAGACAGUUGGUCGACCAAAAAAGCCAUCGCUGCCGGUCAUACUUGGGGAGUAUAUACGAGAUGUCGACCCGUUACUCUGUUCGAGUAAUCAGCAGGAAAAAGAAUUGGAUAUUGCACUCCAAAAAGUAUUCCGAUCGACGAGCCGUGCAUAUCUAACGUCGCGUGGCUAUGAUGCUACCGAUGUGACUGCUUGGGCCUGGAUUAUGAAGAGCCGGAACUCCCACGAAGCUAUGCUGCGGCUUUUCUCAUUCGAAAUGGACCGAGCCAAGUCCGGGGCUUGUAGUCCAAACAUUCCGCCUUUCAUCCCGCUCUUUCUGUUGAGACAGCAGAACCUCGACUCCCACACUUUCCGUUUGCUGUUGAUCCACUCUCUACAUCUCAUGAGCGGACAGCCGUUUUAUAUCACAGAAGACCCUGGUCAAGGCUUUGAAUAUGAUAAUCAGCCGUCCCUAGCGGACUUCCGUCCGGUAAUAGACUCUGGCACCUGCAUGAUUUUGGUAGUCCGCUUGAUUCGUCAUGCUCGGCGCGUGUGGCCACAAGCGCUUCUCACUAUUGCACGUGCAUUUGCUCGUUUUCUGUCAGUUGUGAGGGAUGAGAAAGAUAUUUCAACACUGGCGAGACGACAUGAUGAUCGCGUCAAGACCGCCAAGUUCAAUGACUGUCUCUGGUUGCUUUCCUUGCCGGCCAACAUCGCUCCUUAUCGCUCAACGUCUAUCCAACAACAAGCGCAAUUCGAACUCCUCCGAGCUAUGGCCACUCACGAGCCUGUCCUCCCUGUCACAAGACAAGGAUAUCGUGCAGUCGUCGCAGUCCAACUGGCUCACAAGAAAACAUUCGAAGAGCGGCAGUCUGCCGAACUAAAGGCCCCGUCAUGGCCUCCGUGGAAGGAAGAAAAACUGGGAAUUGACUCGCAGCGCGGGAAUGAAGGGAUGUUCAGUCGUGCGAUGCAGGUUCUUUCGCAAAUGAAAGACGCUGGAUAUUCUCAUCGACUUUGGGAGGAUAUAUCUUCCAUUUUGGCUGGCUGGGAUACAGAUGGCAGUCCGACGGUGCAAACUAGGGCUAUGAUGCGUCGACCGCAGGCCUUACCGGACAAAAAUGGAUCCGACCCCAACCAUCAUGAAAUCUGGGUGGCCCGAAUUCGCUCCACGAGGACUGUCCGUGAGGCCUGGGCAUGCUUUCUCUCAUACGAAGAUCAAGGUCUUCCUCCGAAGGGUGCUAUCUAUGCUGCAAUGGCCGAAAAGCUAAUAUACCGACGAAACGCAAUGAGAAACAAUUUUGACUCAAUGAGUCACGUUUUGCCAGGUGAUGGCCGCGAGGUCCACCCUGAACCAGCUUCUGCGCGUGAUAUCAUCUAUGUGGCCACGGAACCCCCGACUUUGGAUGAGCUCCUUGACCAUAUGUGCUCACAAGGACUUCGGCCUUCCGGGAGAUUUUUGAGCUUGCUUCUUCAAUCGGCAACCUCUCUACGAUCGGGACUGCAUUAUCUCCAAUGCAGUGCCUUGACAGACGCGCAAAUUGCGGCGCUCUGUACCGUACAGGCUAAGCCUGGCGAUUACCAGACGGUGGACCUUGAUGCUUUCCAGGAAUUCCCGGACGUGGUGUUUGGAUCGUUCAUCAAAUUCUUGUGCAUGCACUCAGGUAUCGCCAGCCCUGAGAUCGGCAAGCAAAAUAUUCUCGCAGCUGAGCGUUUCCCGGCUCUGAUAGCCUCCAAUUGUUUAACUGGUCCAAAGUUAAACCUUUUCGCAUAUCUUGAAGAGAACCCAGGGUGUCAACACUAUCCAAGGGCUUUGUGGCAUGCGAUUCAAUUGGCUAAAUUGCGACGAGCUCCUUACACCCCGACCUGGACCCACAUUUUGUCUGCCCUAACUCGUGAACGCCCCAACAGGGCUCAUGGACCAAGGAGCCGAGGCCUUACGCGCAUACUCUCAUGGCACCAAGCCCUCGAAGCAUUAGGUUGGAUGCGACAGCAUGAUAUCAAUCUCAGCGAGGAAGGAUUCCGUGUCCUAUGUGUGACGUUCCCAAAAGCCAUUGAUGCUGCCCUCAAGCACCCUGGCACUGCUGAACAGAGUUAUUCGCUGAUUCAUAAUGCUCGCAUUCGUCGUCUUAAGGCCAUAAAAGAAGGCGACGACGAUGUUGACGCUUUACUGCAGCAUGGCCUGCAUGUUUUGAAGAACCAGUUCGAUCAUCUGGUUCUCCCAGCCUCGAAGACCUCGGUGCACGCAGAGCGAAGUGUCUUUGCAACAGGGAAUGGCUCUAAUGCGCAGCUCAAUGUCCCCUCGAUGCUGCAAACCCCAUCACCUGCGACGCUGCAUGCCUUUGUUCGGGCCUUGGGGUCCGUGGGGGAUGAUCAAGGGCUGUUACAUCUGCUGCAAUGGAUGAGCCAGUCAGUUGAUAUGCUCAAAGAAGCCGCAGACGAGCGUUCAAAUGGAGAUAAAAUGAUGCGCCAGACUCUUGUGGCAAUCAGAGUGUUCUUGGAACGACGACAGUCACGGAUCGACACGCGGGUACCGUCGGACCUGGUCGCAGAGGCAUACGACCUUGUCAGCCGGACAGGCUGGAACUGGCCGAGUGAUGCGGAGGUUGCAGAAUAUUGCCAAUGA